UUCUCUUUCCCUCUCUUUUCUCUCUCUCUCUACAAAGCUUGUUGCGCAUUGACAUUUCUACAGCAUCUGUGCCGUUUGCUGAUAAAAAGGAAAGCCGUCAGUCAGCAAACUGUGGGGGAUUUGGCAGCUGUGGUGGUGUUGACAUCACUUCCGGGCUGUGGGGAGUCAGUUAAUCCUGUGCUCAUGUGUCACUCCAGUCAGUAGCCGCCAAACACUGAAGGGAGGGAAAUGGUGAGAUGUCGUAAACCUCUGAAUAAUCCCACAUGUUACAAUCUACACAAAGUUAAAAUCCACACCCGGAGACCUCAGUCCACCAAUGCCAUCCCGACAGAGCAGCGAGACACCGAGACCUCAGCCCCACCAAAUGGUGCAAGUAGGCGAGCGCGCUUCAGGUUACAUUUCCCCCAGCUGGCACUGCGGCGCAGGUUAGGCCAGCUGAGCUGUAUGUCCAAGCCCGCACUCAAGCUGCGUACCUGGCCUCUGUCUUUUCUCUAUUUCUUCCUGCCAUUUAGUGUCCUUAAACCUCUUACUAAAGUAGGAUGGCGUGCAACAAGCAGGGUUGGCUUGUACAAAUCUAUUCCCACUAGAUUGCUUUCCCGGGCCUGGGGACGCUUGAAUCAGGUGGAGCUGCCAACGUGGAUGCGAAAGCCAGUCUACAACCUGUACAUAUGGACAUUUGGUGUAAAUAUGAAAGAAGCUGCAGUGGAGGACUUGCAACAUUACCGAAACCUCAGUGAAUUCUUCCGCCGAAAGCUUAAACCUCAGGCGCGCCCUGUCUGUGGCUCUCACUGUGUGAUCAGCCCUUCUGAUGGAAAGAUCCUUCACUUUGGGAGGGUGAAGAACUGUGAGGUCGAGCAAGUGAAGGGAGUGACGUAUUCACUGGAGACUUUCCUGGGCCCCCAGACCUGGUGUGAGAACCUGGAGAUCAGCAAUAGUAAAACUGAGACAUUCCAGGAUCAACUGGUGACCAAGGAAGGCAAUGAUCUGUACCACUGUGUUAUUUACCUGGCGCCUGGCGACUAUCACUGUUUUCACUCACCUACUGACUGGAGAGUUUCACAUAGACGCCAUUUCCCAGGCUCCCUGAUGUCGGUGAAUCCUGGUGUUGCUCGCUGGAUUAAGGAACUAUUCUGUCACAAUGAACGAGUUGUCCUCGCUGGCGAGUGGAUACAUGGGUUCUUCUCGCUGACGGCUGUCGGAGCCACAAACGUUGGAUCAAUUCGCAUUUAUUUUGACAGUGAUCUGCACACCAACAGCCCUCGCUACAUGAAAGGAUCCUAUAACGAUUUCAGCUUUGUGACAAACAACAACAAAGAAGGGAUCACCAUGAGAAAAGGCGAGCACCUGGGCGAGUUUAACCUGGGCUCUACCAUCGUUCUCAUCUUUGAGGCACCAAAAGACUUCACCUUUAACCUUAAUUCUGGACAAAAGAUCAGGUUUGGCGAGGCCCUUGGGUCCAUGUAAUGCAAGUACUGUCGCCUAUUGACUCCUUUGUUGAAUUGGAGCAAAGAGGAGUGAAAUGCAGGUCUAAAUCUUUCAUCCUUGCCACAGAAGCAUCUCCCAUCACCUCCAUCGAAGGUACCAGCUCAACCAUGACGACCGGCACUGCCGUCUUCUUCAGAGAUGAACUGACCUAUCAGAUCCUUCAACUGCUCCUUUAACGAGGACGCUUGUGGGCGGAGAGGACCUUCAGAGCUUGUGCAGCGUCAGCCACUCCCGGCAGAGGGAAGAGCUGGCAGGUCACCAGGAAUGGGAUGCUGACAGAUGGUGAUGGGCCCUGAGUGUUGUGUGUUGAGGGGCCCUGUUCCGAAUGGCAGUGGCACAGGGUUUCCUGCAAACACUGCCAGGGACGGGUGAUGCUAGAGUAUUUGCUGAAUAACUCCUUGCAGGUGAAAUCAUUGGGUCAUUCUAACUGUUUUAGUUUAUGCAGUAUUUUUAUAUACUAAAAAAAACACUUGAUGCAUUGAAUUACAUUUGAGAAAAUAAACUAAUACUGUACCAAAUCUUGUUGCAGCUGAACUUUCUUUGGGCUAACGUGGGUGUGUUUUUCUACAUCUCGGAGGCAGAUGCAAUAAUCUUGGGCUUAUUACCUUUCAGUUUAAGCCUUAAACCUUUCCAACUGCCUUCAAAUGACUUGAGGAAAAGCAAACUCAUACACCUGAUGUGAAAUGCAUUACUUAAUUCAGUGUAAAAUGGGACAAAGCUACAGUGGAAUUAGAAUGUGGAAGUUGAAAGCUUUGGUCCGACUUUUAUUUUUACAAAAUCUGUAGAUUUUGUAUCAAAAAAAUUCUAUGCAAUGAAAGUCAUUAGAUCCUAAUUUCCUUGUCCUAUUCUCAUUCCUAUUUAAUGCAAACCAUCUACAAAAGCCAUGGGAUGGGGGGAUCCAGAUUUUGUUACAUUUUUUGUUUCACUGAGCACUUCUUUACACAACAAAUCACUGCCAAAAGUUGGUAAUUAUGCUCAUAAUGUGAUUCUUUUAUAGCUCUAGGCAAUCACUUUUUAGGAUUUCACAAGUGUAAAGAUCCACACACGUGUGCAGCAUUACAAUAAGGUAUUUGGUACAAGUUUUUCCAAAAAAUAAGUUGUGCCAGUAUUGUAUUUUUAUUCUGUACUUUUUGUUGUGUGUGGUUGCUGUAGGAAUAUUUGGGGUUUGAAGAGUGUGGACUAUUGUGUGAGUGUUUUAAUGGUCACUGCCGUUGAUUUAUUCCAUUAGGAGCAGUGACCAAUGAAUAAAAUAAAACUAGCAUUUCACAAGGA